AUGGCCGCUUACCACACGCCCUCGCAGACACCCUCGCGACGGGUGCUAGGAAAUAUCACUCCAAAGGCCUUAAAUACGCCCCAAACUCAGACAAAGGCAUAUGAAGCAUCACAAGCCCCACGAGCCGAAAGCCCGCUGAAGCACGUUACCCCAAACACGCCGGUCCACUUUGUCGACAAAGAGAACCUGACGACGCCCAAUGCGACUGUCAGGAGCAAGAAGCGGGGCAUAGAAGAAGUCGAGGGCGCCGAGACGAUUGGAAGUGCAAAGAUGCUUGCUCACGCACGCGACGACAGUCCCUCAAACACCGGUGUGCGCUUAACUGCUGACGCGAUACAAAAACACACUGAAAACAACCCAAUUGGACUCGCAGAUCCCGGCUCGCCUACCGAACGCGCCACGCCCUCACCAUCACCCGAGCCUGAGCCGGAACUAAUUCAAGCAUCUCAAAAGAGCAACCAGUCCUUCUCCGAUUUUCUCAACUAUGAAAUGUGUGCCAGCCAAAAGAGCGACCCAGGCAAAGAGCAAGAACGUCCAGCUGCAUUAGCGCCUGCCCCACCAGUUGCAGAGACAAAGACCAAGUCACGGGCGGAACAGUUGCGCACGCGCCUCAAGUUUGGUCUGUACAAGGUCAAGACGAACCAGGUCAAUAAGCGCGACGUGGACAUUAUUGCACCAUACGAGGCCAGCGCCCUCUAUUCAUCCAACACGAUCAACGCGUCGAGGUCAACGGCCACGACAUACUCCAGCGAAUCUCAAGACACUUGCCGCGUUCCCAACAUUACCAUAUCCUCUCCCCAACGCGACCAAGGACCAGUCUUUGUGAAGGCAAAUCUCGACCCGUUUCGACCCAUUAGCAAACUCGGGCCCGCUCCAGUUCAUUUUGCACUGCCUUCCGGUGGCAUGAAUUCGUCGCGUACUUUGCAACAAUAUGACAUCACCUCUUCACCUCCUGCCGUUGAGUUGCCUAAAUCCGCUACACCCGAACAACUCAUGUCACCUGCUCGACACGGAGACCACUACCAGAUGACUGCUGAAUCGGGGGUGCGAAAUAACCAGUAUAGGGCAGGCGAGUCUGCACGAGAAAGACUGCAACGUUUGAAGCAGGAGCAAUAUAUGGGAGAUAGCCUUUCAAAUAGCAUUGGGGUACAAGGCGAUGCUGCAGAAGGACUACUACAGCUUAUGCAACACUCGCGAUAG